UAAAUAACUUUCAUCAUGAUCAUCUCUUUGUCUUUGACGCUUUUGAUAAUUCUUAUCCCCGUCUCUCUUUAUUCUGUUAAAUUCUUGAGUAGAAAAAAUAAUACCACCACCACCAUUGGAUUAGCUAAUAGUGGUAAUAAGCAGCAGCUUCCUCCUGGAAGCUCCGUCUGGUCGUUCAUUAGAGAAACAGGAGACUACAUCAGAGCCGGUCAAGAUGGUGCCCCUGAGAAAUAUUUCUUUGACAGAGUUCGGAGAUACUCAUCUCAAGUCUUUAGGACGUCAUUAUUUGGAGAAUCUGUUAUUGUUAUAGGUGGUACUGCAUCUGGCAACAAAUUUUUAUUUUCCAAUGAGAAUAAAAUUUUAGAAACUUGGUAUCCUAAAUCCAUCAGUCAAAUUUUCCCUUCUAUUAAAAGUAGCAGCGGCAACCAAGCAACACCAAAGAGGCUUCGUAAAUUGUAUCCGCAAUUGCUAAACCCUGAUUCAUUGCGCAACUACAUAGCCAUUAUGGAUUCAAGGACAGCACGUUAUUUUGAAUCUCACUGGGAUACAGAAAUUAAUACGAAUGAAAAAGUGAUCAUUACUACUGUGUAUCCUCUAGUCAAGAAACAAAGCUUCUCACUGACAUGUUUUUUGAUCUCAAGCAUCGAUUACCAGCAUGAACCUCAUCGUGUCCAUGAGCUAUACAAAUUGUUUUGUGAUGUGCACAAAGGGAUCAUAUCGUUACCUAUAAAUUUUCCAGGAACACAAUUCAAUCGUGCCUGUAAAUCAAGCAAAUUGAUAAGAAAGGAGAUGGAAAAGGUGUUCAGACAAAGAAUGAUCCAUAUUCAAUCUCAUGCGGACGUGCCAAUGCAAGAUAUGUUGUCACGGCUCAUAACUUUGUGUGAGGAAGAUAGUGGCCUCGAUGAAACUUUCAUAGUUGAUGCACUUACCGGUCUAAUUUUUGGCGCGAGUGCUUCCACUGGUGAUGUCAUAACAUUGGUUAUGAAAUAUCUUGCCGAUUAUCCCGAUGUUUACGAUCAGGUUCUAAAGGAACAAAUGGCUGUAGCUUGUUCUAAAGGAACCGGGAAGUUGUUAAAUUGGGAUGACUUCCAAAAGAUGAAAUACUCUUGGAAUGUGGUCCGUGAAGUGAUGAGGGUAGCAUCACCGGUUCCAAUAGGCUUUAAAAAGGCCUCAACCGACUUCUGGUACGACGGAUACUUUGUUCCAAAAGGAUGGAAGCUAUGUUUGAGCUCAGCAGCAACACACAAGAAUCCUGAUUACUUCCCAGAUCCGGAAAAAUUUGAUCCUUCAAGGUUUCAAGGGGGCGGACCAGCUCCUUAUACAUUUAUUCCAUUCGGGGGAGGCCCUAGCUUGUGCCCAGGCAAAGAGUUUGUUCGAUUAGUAAUACUUGUCUUCCUCCACCAUGUGGUAAGAAGGUACAAGUGGGAUAGAGCAGUGCCAUUUAGUGAUCAUGAUGAACAUGAGAAGUUAGUAUUCCAACCUUUUCCACGGCUUACCAAAGGGCUCCCUAUCCGCAUUCGGCAUCACGAAAGAAGAUAGUUUUAUUAUUUUAAUUAACUAACUUGAAUUAACUUAGUUUUCCUAGUAAUUUCAUUAUAAUAUUUGAGGUUAGUAAGUAGUUUAUGUCGUUGCACCAUUUCUGAAACAAAAUAAUUUCUUAUUUUGCUCAAUUUCUGUCUUUGCUCACGGUAAAUUGAUCUUAGGCUUCAAGUCCAAGUAAAUUAAUUCUGCAUUUGGUUUUGACUUGUAUGUUUAGUCAUGUAUUGGAUGGGGUUGUGUUGAUCCUUGUCAUUGCUGUAAUGUUUUU